AUGGUCGUUAUUCUUUUAUUAUCUGUCACUCUGUCAAAAGUACCAACAAUGGCGGCGGACGGUGACGAUGUGAUUAGUGAUCAGGAAAAAGUGAGAAUUGUUUCGGAUUUUAUACUACAUUCGCCACCGGGAGAGUUUAACGAAGUGUUCAAUGAUGUGAGAGUACUGCUGAACAACGACACGCUGCUUAAAGAGGGCGCGAGCGGAGCGUUCGCGCAGUACAACAAGGACCAGCUCACGCCCGUGCGCCUCGAGGGCUCGGAGCUACACACGCUGGUCACCGACCACAAUGACCUCGGAGGCGGCCGCUUCUUCGACCCGCGGUCGAAGCGCUCCUUCAAGUACGACCACCUGCGCAAGGAGGCGUCCGAGUACGAGCCCUACGAGCCCGACCGGCUGGCGGAGCCGUGGCGCGCGGCGCUGGACGUGGAGCUGACGAACUACGUGGCGGAGCACUACAAGCACGGCGCCAGCCUGGUGGUGGGGCGCGCGCUGGACGCGGGUGCCGUGGCGCUGGUGGCGUGCAUCGAGCAGCACCAGUUCCAGCCCAAGAACUACUGGAACGGGCGCUGGCGCUCCGUGUGGUCGCUGACGCUGGGCGGCGGCGCGGCCGAGCUGCGCGGCGCGCUGCGCGUGCAGGUGCACUACUACGAGGACGGCAACGUGCAGCUCGUGAGCUCCAAGGAGGUGCGCGCGCCGCUGGCGGCGCCGGGCGAGGCGCGCGAGGCGGGCGCGGCGCGCGAGGCCGUGCGGCUGCUGGCCGAGGCGGAGGGCGCGUACCAGACGGCGCUGUCCGACAACUACCAGACCAUGUCCGACACCACGUUCAAGGCGCUGCGCCGCCAGCUGCCCGUGACGCGCAGCAAGAUCGACUGGGCGCGCCUCGUGUCCUAUACCAUCGGCAAGGAGCUCAAGAGCCAAUGAUGUCCCGCCGCUGCGCUCUGAGCUGCAGCGGUCGCUCCAUGCCUCUGUACAUAUUCUCGUAAGAGUAAAUCUUGUUCAAAUGUUUACUCGCCCCGGGCGCACGCUCCCGGCGCGUAUUUAUCUAUGAGUAUAGAGAAAUCGCUAUUGUAACUGUUAAAUUUUAUUGCAUUUUGUUACUCUCGUGGAAGGAUAUUGAAUGCUUCAUUGUCGCCCGCUUCAAGAGUGGCAUACGAUAGGAUUUAUUAUUUUAUUUUUAUUCAGAGAGUACUAAAUCUAUCCAUUUCAGUUUUUAGUUGUCCAAUUUUAGAGUUUCUCCUUCAGAUCCAGACCAUUUAAGGUGGCUGUAGGGAAUUCUUUACACAAAUUUGUUUUACCAAAACGAUUGAUGUAAAGAGUGAUUGUUGUGUAAGCAAUAUCAAUUUUGUUUUUUUUUAUUUUGAUCGGUAAAUGUAUGUCAAUUACAAAGAAUUAUAUGUUAAAGUCUUAUAGCUAUCAGUGAACUAUCUAAAAUCCUUGAAUCUUAGUCCAUCCAAUUGAUAAUUGUGUUGAACAUCAGUAUUAUUUGUAUAUUAGUUCUUUAGUCGCAGCCACAUGCCUAACUACUUCUUUGUGGAAGUCUAUUUUUGUACUUAUAGGUAUGAGCUAAGUUUUUUCACCCAUAACAUUUACUAUAAGCAAAAUGUGUAUGCUUAUUAUUUUGCCUUGAGCGGCAGAGCAAUUCAUACAAAAUGACAUUUGCAAAUUGCAUAUUUGUGCAAAUUUAGUCUUGCUCACAGACAUAGUUAUGUGUGGCUUCCAAAGUAUUGCUUGCAUGAUAUUACUGCGUAAAAUUGGUCAGUAGAGCAGAGUGGGACGUUCAUAUGGUGCAUUUAAUUGUAGUUAAUUUAAAACAAAUUGUCCACAUAGCUUUAACGCAAAUUUUAUGGGCAAAAGAGCACAAUGAUUGAUUCGGUUUGAUGUGUUUUCAUAUGCGGAGGUUUGCUCAACAUGUUACAGAUAUAGUGGUGGUGAUAAACAAAUAAAAAAAAUAUAUUGUCCAUAAGAUUAUGGCGUCGCGAGUGAAAGCGAACGAAAGCAUAACUUUUUAUAUUAUGUAUGUAAUAAUAACAUUUAAAAUGCCAAUAAGGUUUAUUUUGUAAUUACUUAUUAUAAUUUAAUGAACGUACAUUAAUAAAUGAAUAAAAAAAAAAAGAAAAACCAAGAAUUCUGUAAUGUAUGAUUGAAUUCAUUUGAAUAAAAAUAUAUAUUAAAAUGUU